CAAACCCACUCAAAAGCACGUUGUAGGCACCUCAGUCCCAACCGCGACGACUCGUCCACCAAGAUAUAACAGACAAACGCGGAGCGUAAGCCCUACCUCCUCGGCAGCCAUUUCCCGCAGCAUACGAACUGACCUUGACGUCCCACCGCAGCACAGGGCACCAGCAAGCACACACAGCACACACACCGAGCGCAGCCAAAAAAGCCACUGCCACAGCACACGCACGCGCACACUCGCCAAUGAAAUAUGCCACGGAUUAUAGACACUGGAAACGAUUCGGUUCCCUUUCAGCAGUUUCAGGUACUCUUUAACUCUCUUUUCAAAGUUCUUUUCAUCUUUCCCUCACGGUACUUGUUCGCUAUCGGUCUCGCACCAAUAUUUAGCUUUAGAUGGAAUUUACCACCUACUUUGCGCUGCAUUCCCAAACAACGCGACUCAAAGAACACGGGUCGUACGCACGAGCCACUCAGGGAUGAACGGGAGUAUCACCCUCCAUGCUGUCCUCUUCCAAGGAACUUGCCCCAAGCGCCCACGCUGACCACGCCUCUAUAGACUACAAUUCGCCGCGCAAAACUUGCACGGAGAUUUUAAGCUUGAGCUCUUCCCGCUUCACUCGCCGUUACUAGG